UACUUAGGAGCAAUGUCAGCACUGUUAAGAUCCUGUGCUCACAGUCUCAGAUCUGUGGAUGGACUCAAACACAGCAAAGCUUGGAAAUUAUGCAGCACAGGUCUGCUCCAGUGGUGUCGGUCCCUCCAUGUGGACACUCCUCCCAACAAACCCUCUCUGACUACCAGCUAUGUCCAUGGCACCUCCACCAUCCCUCUGCUCCCCCUGACUGUAGGCCAGUGCCUGGACUCCACAGUGCAGCGCUGGCCUGACCGUGAAGCUGUGGUCUUCCUGCAGGACGGCAUCCAGAAAACCUUUGCACAGUUUCAACAAGAUGUUGACAAAGCAGCUGCAGGUCUGCUUGCUUUGGGCCUGAAGAGAGGCGACAGACUGGGAGUUUGGGGACCUAACACGUAUGAAUGGAUCCUUUUCCAGUUUGCUUCAGCCAAAGCUGGAAUUAUACUGGUGCCAUUGAACCAGGCCUAUCAGGUGAAGGAAGUGGAGUUUACUCUAAAGAAGGUCCAGUGUAAAGCUGUGGUCUGCCCAACUCACUUUAAAACCCAAAGUUUCUGUGAGAUGCUGAGGGAGCUCUGCCCAGAGAUCGACACAGCUCCAACAGGCGCAAUCAAAAGCUCCAGGUUGCCAGACUUGCGUAUGGUGAUUGUGACAGAUAGCAGACAGCCAGGGAUGCUCAACGUAGAGGAUGUGAUGCAAGCAGGAGAGAGUCGACACCACAAAGAGCUGAUGGAUCUGCAGAGUAAACUGUCCUUCGAUGAGCCCAUCAACAUCCAGUUCACAUCAGGGUCUACAGGGAGUCCAAAGGGAGCAUGUCUUUCCCACCACAACAUUGUAAACAAUGCUUAUUUUUUGGGUCUUCGAAUGGGUUAUGACUGGAGACCUCAGGUGCGAGUGUGUGUGCCUGUACCCAUGUACCACUGCUUUGGCUCUGUGGCUGGAGGGAUGAGUAUGGCAGUACAUGGCAUCACACUGGUCUUCCCUUCCCCUGGCUACAACAGCCGAGCCAACCUAGAGGCCAUUCAGAGUGAAAAGUGCAAUUUUGUCUAUGGCACUCCCACAAUGUACACUGACAUGCUCAGCCAACCAGAUUUACACAAGUACGAUUUGUCAUCAGUUGAAGCUGGUCUCAUGGGAGGUUCUCCAUGCCCUCCUCAGAUUGUGAGAAGACUGAGAACAGACAUGAACAUGAAAGAAAUAACGUGUAUUUAUGGAACCACUGAGAACAGCCCCGUUACAUUUCUGGGAUUCCCACAAGACAACGAGGACCUGAAGAUAAAUACUGUUGGAUGCAUCAUGAACCACACUGAGGCCAAAGUGGUGGACCCUACUACUGGGGAGAUUGUCCCUCUGGGGGCCUCAGGAGAGCUGAUGAUCAGAGGCAGCUGUGUGAUGCAUGGAUACUGGGACGAUCCUGAGAGGACCAGAGAGGUUAUCUCCCAAGACCGCUGGUACAGGACUGGUGACACGGCCAGUCUGAACAGUCUGGGAUACUGCCGCAUUGAAGGACGCAUAAAGGACAUGAUCAUCAGAGGAGGGGAGAACAUCUACCCUGCUGAGAUAGAGCAGUUUCUCUAUACACAUCCCAAAGUACAGGACGUGCAGGUGGUUGGAGUGAAAGAUGAGAGGCUGGGUGAGCAGGUGUGUGCCUGCAUCAGGCUGAAGGAGGGCCAGACCUCCAGUGCAGAGGAGAUAAGAGCAUUCUGCAAAGGCCAGAUUUCUCACUUCAAGAUCCCACACUAUGUGAUGUUCGUAGACAGCUACCCUCUGACAGCUUUAAGAAAGGUGAAGAAGAAUGUAUUAAAGGAGGAAAUUGAGAAGAAAUUAAGCCUUUAAUUUUGUCUGAGUAACUCCUUGCCUGUAGGUGGCACUGCAGGCUCCAUCAUGUCAAGCUGUAAUAAUUCAAACCAACUAUUUGUUCAGUAUGUAAAUAUUUGCGCAUUUUAUCAUGAUGUUUUUAUUAAAAUUGUUAAAAUCAGUUUGACUUCAAACAGAAUUUCUACAAGCAAGAUUUAAACAGAGUCACACAGUAUUUUAAAAUACUACAGCAAAUUUUCUGCCUCUGCAUUUAAACAUAAAUGAGUAUUAUGGGAUAUUUCUGCUAUUUUCUCCCUAGCCUAUAAAUUUGGGACAAUGUUUCCGUACUACUGUCCAAGACGGUGUUAACAGGUUAAGUGUGAGUGUGAUGGUUUAAUAAAUAUAAGCAUAUGUUUGUAUAAA